AGUACAUUCUGUUUUCAUACAUCAUUGAGGACAGUUUACGGUGACGAAAUAUCGAAUAUGUCUGUAUAGAAAUUAUUAUAUUAACCAUUUGCAAGUUACAGUGCUACAGUGGAAAUCAAAAAUCGAAUUCCGCGGGCGAAUGAAAAUCUUGCUGAAAAUCGGACCAUAAACAUUGAUCGAUUCUUUUCCUUUGACGGCUGUCGGCUGUCAAAGUUCUAUUCGAAAAGUUAGUCUAUGGUGCAAGAUGGCGUUGAAAGCACUUGUCGGACAAAAGAUUAUGAAUGAGGUGAUCCGCUAUCGCGGUCCCAAAGGCAAGGAGUCUCAACGUAUAGAAUGGCGGAUACUUAUUGUGGACCAGCUGUCCAUGCGCAUGGUAUCUGCAUGCUGCAAGAUGCACGACAUUUCGGCAGAAGGAAUCACAUUGGUAGAAGAUAUCCACAAGAAACGUGAACCAUUGUAUACCAUGGAUGGUAUUUACUUGAUUACACCAUGCGAAAAAUCUGUGCAUGCUCUUAUCAACGAUUUCUCUGUCGGCAACCGUAUCAUGUACAAAGCAGCACAUGUUUUCUUCACUGAAGUAUGCCCUGAGGAGUUAUUCAAUGAACUGUGUAAAUCUUCUGCUGCAAGAAAAAUAAAAACCUUGAAAGAAAUCAACAUUGCUUUCUUGCCAUAUGAAAGUCAGGUAUUCUCUCUGGACUCACCAGACACCUUUCAGUGCAUGUACAACCCAGCACUCACCCAGACCCGCAACGCCAAUAUGGAACGCAUAGCAGAACAAAUCGCCACACUCUGUGCCACUCUUGGAGAAUACCCCUCUGUACGCUACCGAAGUGAUUGGGAACGCAAUGUAGAACUCGCGCAACUAAUUCAGCAGAAGUUGGAUGCCUAUAAGGCGGAUGAGCCGACCAUGGGCGAGGGCCCCGAGAAGGCGCGCUCACAGCUGCUAGUGCUGGACCGCGGCUUCGACUGCGUGUCGCCGCUGCUGCACGAGCUCACGCUGCAGGCCAUGGCCUACGACCUGCUGCCCAUCGAGAACGAUGUCUACCGAUACGACGCUCAGGGAAACCAGAAGGAAGUACUUUUGGACGAGAACGAUGAACUCUGGGUGGAACUGCGGCAUCAGCACAUUGCUGUGGUGUCCACUUCGGUUACCAAGAAUCUCAAGAAAUUCACUGAAUCUAAACGCAUGGGAGGAGGUGACAAACAAUCCAUGCGAGACUUGUCGCAGAUGAUCAAGAAGAUGCCACAGUACCAGAAGGAGCUAUCCAAGUACGCGACACAUCUGCGCCUCGCCGAGGACUGCAUGAAGGCCUACCAGGGCUACGUCGACAAGCUCUGCAAGGUUGAACAGGAUCUUGCAAUGGGCACUGAUGCUGAGGGUGAGAAGAUUAAAGAUCACAUGAGGAGCAUCGUACCUGUACUUCUAGAUCAGAACAUCAAGAACAACGACAAGAUGCGCAUCAUCGCACUGUACAUCAUGUCUAAGAACGGCAUCUCGGAGGAAAACCUCAACAAGCUGGUGACGCACGCGCAGCUCGAGCCCUCCGACAAGCAGGCGCUGCUCAACCUCGCCAACCUCGGCCUCAACGUUGUCGUCGACGGGAACAGAAAGAAGCAGUACCAAGUGCCUCGAAAGGAGAGAAUCACCGAACAGACUUAUCAGAUGUCGCGAUGGACUCCAGUGCUUAAGGACAUAAUCGAGGAUUCAAUCGACGACAAAUUGGACCAGCGCCAUUUCCCGUUCCUUGCGGGACGCGCGCAAACUUCUGGUUACCAAGCACCUACCAGCGUACGCUACGGACAUUGGCACAAAGACAAAGCUCAACAGACUGUGAAGAACGUCCCAAGAUUGCUUGUGUUUAUUGUUGGAGGCGUCUGCUUCUCUGAGAUCCGUUGCGCGUACGAAGUGACCGCCGCCCUCAAGAACUGGGAGGUCAUCAUCGGCUCCUCUCACAUUCUCACUCCGGACAACUUCCUCUCCGACCUCAGCUCUCUCACCGCCUAAACCCGGUCCCGACUAACGGUACUUAACCUUUUACUUUUUACCCGACUGCGGUGAAGCCCAAAAGAAGAGUUAUGUUUUUACCUGUAGGUAUUUAUCGCAUGUAAUAUGUAUGUACUCUUAUGUCCGCUCGUAACUACUCAAUCGGUUUCGAUAAACGAUAUGUCAUUAGAUUCAUUUUGAUUGCGCGAGUGCGCGAGCACUUAGUACAUAAAAUUCUUAAAAAUCAAAAUGGCUGAUUUUAUGCACUUUAAUGUGCGGGCUGAAAAAGAUGCAGUGCAAACCGCAGUCGAGAUUUAUUUGAAAACUUAAAUUAUUAAUUAUUCCAUUGUUUUUUAUGAUGAUGUUAUGAAUAUCACGAAAUCGCUAGAGUUCUUUUAGAAUUGAUAAUAUUAAUACGUUAUAUUGAAAAUAAAUAUACUUAUAAAGUAAAAGCAAAUAAUGAAGCUGAGGAAUCAAAUUUAGAUAGUAUACACUUUUUGUUCUUAUUUGCAUUAUUACUUGCAUUAACAUUAACAUCAGUCGUAUCUAAAUUAUAUCAAGAAACCUAUAGAGAAGUGGAAAAAUGAAAUGUUUUGCAUUUGUGAUAUCGUAUGUGCAAAUAUCAAUGAGAGGAUUACAUUAAAUUGGGGAUUUGAUUGGUAGCAUCUUUGUUGACUACUAAAACAUUUUGCAACAAUACACCAAAAAUAACUUUAGAAGUUAGAUUAACCUUUUUAAUAUAGGUUUAUAUUAAUAUUAUUGUAUUAUUAAAAUGUGCGUGAAUUCUAUAGAAUUAUAACAAAAGCCCUAUAAUUUUAACUAUAACGUUUCCUAUACGCUGAAUUAUGCUUAUUUAAUUUACCAAUAAGUUUAGCUAUUAAAGUAUACUAUUAAAGAGAAGAUUUUAGACUUGUUUUGUGAUUUAACGACAUAAUCUAUCUAUGUAUAUUCCAAACAUUUUAAAAUUUAACUCGCCCUUUUACCUGUGUCAACUGUUACAUCAAAAAUACAGGUUCACCUUUAGAUUAUUAAGGACCAAAAUCGUACUUUUGACAUUACAGUUGACACAUUCAAUUAAAAUGGCGAGUAAGAUCUUAAAAUAUAUGCAUUAUAAGAGGUACGUUACGCACCCGUUCUAUACAUUAAAAACUAUUAUGAAAUUCUUUGUAGUCCACUCACUACUGAUUAUAACCUUCACCAAUCGAGAUUGGGUAAAAUUAGAAAAACCUAUUUUGGUAUAUUAUUUUUAAAUACGCGUAAAUUGGUGGAAAAUCAGUUAUUAUUGACUGGUUCAUUUCCUUACUUCCUAAAAGGUCUACAAAGUUUAAAACGGAACAUCUUAUCCGUUUGUGUGUGAUAUAGUUUGCAAUUAAUUGCAAUUACAUUUCAAUAUGUUAUGUUUUUAUUAUGUUAGGAUGUUAAUAUUGUUAAUGUUUUAGAAGUAUUUAAUAAGUAACCCGUAUAUAAUAAUUAAUGUUGACCAGAAUUUUAGUUACUACUUCUAGACUAGUAUGUAUUAUGCUAGAUUGCUAUUACAUAAACAUAAUUGUUUUAUUAAAUUAUUAUUCAUUUUAUAUUACUAAUAUUAUAAGAAUAACACAAUUGUUACUACAUAUUUAUUGUGAGCCCUAAUUUUAAGUUUUUUGUCGAUCAUUCUAAAUUCUAUUUAGAUCUUCACUACUUAUCUGAUAUCAAAUUAGUAUACACUGUAAUUUGUUAGUAAUGAUGUAAAUGUCGAUAUUUGGAAACCAAUUCAAUUAAAAUUUUACGCUUCUAAUGAGGUGUUAAAAAAAUAGAAAAAUUAUUUACUCUAUCCGCGGAAAUAAAUUAUUACCAUUUGUGUCACCGACCAAUCAUAAAUAUAUUAUUGUUUUCAAAAAACAUUUGAAAUUCAAUUUGAAAAUGUUUUCAAAAAACAUUCAAAAUUCAAUUUGAAAACAUAGUUUCAUUUUUGAUUGGUUGGCGACUCAAAUUGGUCAGCGCCCAUUGAGAUAUUUGUAUUAUUCGUAUGGGAUUACGAACUCUGAGAGAGCGCUAUACUAAUUUCUUUCCGCGGAUAAAGUAUAGUAAUUUAUUUUUCCAUUUUUAAGGAUGUAAUUGGAAGCGUAAACUUUUUUCCGGAUAGAGUAUAGUCCAAAUUCUAUGUGUGUUCGAAUGUAGGGACAAAUCUAGAGGGAAAAACGCGCGCGAUGUGUUGUUUUAAAAUGUAAGGAGAGCUCCAAAUAAAUAUUUAUAUGCGCAUAUAACGCCAUCUGCGACACUGAUCGGUUAGCGUGGAAUUUCUACAACUUUUCCUAAGGUCUUGUUGCAUGACAGGCCGUUAUAGUUACGUUUCGGUUACCUGGUACUUGAUGCGAGGUUUCGGUUAUCUUGUGCAACCCACUUUGUUCUUGGUGAUCAAAAUUUUACGGUAACCCAUAACGUAACCUUAACUGCCUGUCAUGAAACUGGACCUAAGUGUACUGUCACACCUGGGGCUCGAUUGCGGUAGAAUGACAGCUACAAUGCCACGAUCGCAAUCACCUCUGAUUGGUUGACACUUCAGUUGACACUCGCUCGCCAUCAACCAAUCACAACAAUUGCGAUUGUAAUAAUGAUUGAUGCAGGGUUUCCGCAAUCAACCAACUAAGUCCUACUUAUGAGUUCUUAGUAUGAGAUAUUACAUCUCACAAAGGCUGUUAGAAUUUGAGCUUCAAAUUAAAAUAACGUCACAGUAAAAAAACUCUAAUACUCCUCGCUUUAAAGUCAAAAAUUCAGUAAAACCGAGAUUUCCGCUGAGCGGUAGACGUGAGGACGAACUUGAGCUUUAAAACAAGCAGUUACGGUCCAUUUUACUUUAUGGUUUGAUGCUCGAAUUCUAUUCACGUUGAUGAGAUGUUAGCACACUGAACCAACUUUACUGCGAAAUUACCGAGCAGAUUCGGCGAAAAAGGAAAACCUAGUGCGGAUUUCCGCGCGCUUUUCCGCUCGAUUUUUUCUGGGCCUAAUGCUGUAAGGUAAUUUGACACAUUGUUGAAAUUAUAAUAAUAUUUGCAUGUUACUAGAAGAUUUUAACGUUUUAGUUUUCAACAUUCCAGCGACCUCGCUUUAUCUUGGUCAUGUGACAAGAUAAACCGAAAGACGCUAUUUAUUACUAUGUUCAAAAUAAGCAUACAUGUAGUAUGAUUACAUUACAUUUUUUUAGAGCCAACAUGUUAUGAAAAUAUAAACAAAUCAGCAUUGUAAAAGAACGAAAUAAAUUGUGCAUAUCACAAUAGAUAUGGACGAUAUCUUUCUUGUAUUAAUUCCACAUAGAUUUAAGGAGGUAAUAGAUUUAACUAGAAAUUAUUAAAAUAGUUUGUGCAAUUAUGUAGUUAAUAUGCAUUUUUUUUACUUUAAGCAUACAUAACUAUCAGUAUUGAACUGUUAAAAAUUAAUAAAUUAUUUAAUCCUC